AGUACCUCACUAUUGUAAAAGUAUAGUGAACCAAGAAUAGUGAGAUGUGGUUAUUUUUCCCUUCGUUUUCCUCUCAAAAAUACCUUUCAACAAACCCUUUCGUACUGUCAACGUUACCUCCAUUCUGAAUAUUCUAAUCAACUUAAUUAAUGUGCGUUUCGAGUACUAGCUCUUGGGCCGUUUGAUUUCUAAUAUAAAAGCCGGUGUUGAUGAAUCUGUGAACAUUAGUAUCAUAGAACGUUUCAGUACCUUGUGCAAGUGAUCUGAGUGAUUAUUUCAGGUGUAAUUGAUUAAAAUGGAAUACAUAAAACGUAGAAGAUGCACAGUGAGUGUUGUGAAUGAAAGUCUGAAGGAAGUUUAUCCUCACGAUGUUCAACUGUACCAUUAUGUACCUGUGGGUCUCAUCAACUUCACUGAAUUCAAAGAGCUUGGGAUGGAAAGAAGGGAGAUCCUGAAGAUGAUAGAGCUCAUCAUGAGCAGAACAGAUGUCAAAACUGUUGAAGAACGGAAGAACGCACUGACAGCUGCUCUGAGGAAGGAUGGAUACCAUCAUGCUGUCAAAUUGUUGAAUGGAGCUGGUUGUGCAUCACAUAAUGAUGCAGAGCUCGAGGCCAGACGAAGGGAUGCAGUUUCUCACAUGAUUGCCAGGGUUGCAUACUCUCAAACACCUGAACUCAAAAGGUGGUUCAUUAGCAUGGAGGCUGAGUACAUGAAACUCAGACUUUCCUCGUUGAAUAAGGAAGGAAUGAGUCAACUGUUUGAUAUCAAUAAUUUUCAGUAUGAAAUACUCACAGAAGAUGAGAGAGAUAUGUUCCGCGAUCAGCUGUAUUCAUCAUCAGGAAAACUAUCGAGUAUCGAUAACAUCGAUUUUUACAAAGUUCCAUUUUACAAAGUUUCUGAUUUGAUCAGAAGUAGGCGGGUAUUUGUGCACAAUGGUAUGGCAUUUACGCCCCAAUCGGAGCUUGCAUCACUCUUCAUAACUCAUUUCAAGGAGCACCUCACGCGAGAGUUCGAACAAGCCACACAGGAAUUCUACAGACUCCAAUGUGAUGCCAGGAUCUUUGAAUUUCUCAAGGAUCUUCCCAAUUACUUCGCUGAGACCCAACGUGUCGUGUGGUCAACUGAGAGAACUCCGAUUGAAUCCUUGGAUGAGUUAUCAAGGACUUCGUAUCCGUUGUGCAUGAGGACGCUUCACGAGGCAUUAAGAGUUAAUCAUCACCUGAAAAACCAAGGUCGUAUGCAGUACAUCCUUUUUUUGAAGGGCAUUGGCGUCACGAUGGACGAUUGCACACAUUUCUGGCGUACAGAAUUCACACAGAAGAUUGCACCUGAGAAAUUCGAAAAGGAGUACGCUUACGGCGUGAAAUUUUUUUACGGAAAGGCUGGUAGCUAUCGAAAUUACACUCCUAUGGGGUGCAAUAAAAUUAUAUCCAAUGCGGCUGCACCUGGAGAGUUCCACGGAUGUCCAUACAGAUCCAUGGAUAGUGACAUAUUGCAGCAAAAAUUGAUUGGAUAUAAUUUGCCUGCCUCAGGCGUGUCUGAAAUAGUCGAGUUGGCUAAGGGAGGCCACUACAAUCUCGCGUGUGCCAAGUACUUCGAGGUAACUCAUAAAUGUCCCCCAGAACGUCCCCUCAUGCAUCCAAAUGCCUAUUUCGCAGAGAGUAGAGAAGUGAUUGCCAAAGUCACUGGUAAUGCAGAGACACCAGUGGAUGACAAAUCAAAUCGACUAUCAAAAGUUAAAAAUGAAUCCCUCUCACAAGCAAGAUCUCCAGCUAGGACGCCUGUGAGAACUUCGAUUCGUACGCCGGUUCGUACAUCAGUGAAAUCAUCAUCAUCGUCAAUUAAGAAAAAGAAUAUAAAAGACGAAACUGGGGACAUUGCAGAAAUGCUUCAGGAGGACGAUGAAUCCUUUAUGGAACUCAGUGAUGCGGAUUUUUUAAAUUGAUUCGCUAGCCAAGUUGAGAAAUGGAAGAGUGCAGCGAAAUUAAAUCACUGGGAAUUUCAUUAUUACAGACUCUCAACGUUUUCAAGGCUUCCCAUUAUGAUUGAAAAAAAUACUAAUGAGAGUGAAGAAAUGACAAUUGAUCCAUCGAUGGCGAAUCGAACUCUUGAGGACACACAGCAAUAAAAAUCCAAAUUUAAGAAAUUAUUUUCUGAAAUUCUCCAAUCUCUAAUUUGUAACUUGCAUCCAUAUAAAUUGUAAAAUGAAAAAGUUGAAUUUUAGAAACUAUUUUUCAAAGUUGAUCGUUUUUCUAAAUUUGAUCUAAAUGCAGGUAAUGAAGUACAGAUUUUGAAUUCUAAAAACCAAAAUAUUCUUAUAUUUAGAUUUUCUUUCGCUGUGCAUUUCUUCCACUUAUACAGGCAAAGGGAGAAAAAGGUUCAUUCAGAAUCAUUGCCGUGAUAUUUUAUCAUAUUUAAAUAUUAACAUUGUGAUCAUCUAUCGUCAACAUUUAUAGAUUGUCUAUAAGAAGCGGAAGUAGAUGAUAAAAAUUCUACAAUUACGCUCUGAACCAUUAAUGCAUUGCAUUCAAGUACUUUCACGGGUGUUGGAUUGAACUGUUUAAAAUGUCCACUAAUUUUGUAUUCCUUGUUAAUAAAAAUAAUUCUUUACAAGUUA